AUGCCUGGCGUGAUCGCCGAGAGCCAACCGCCUAAGGCGAGAAAGCCAACCAAGAAUGAGCAGCGUCGUGCGAAGAAGAAGCAGCAGAAGCGAGAGGUAACCAUGGAAUUCCUCAGCCUGAUGUAGUCCGCCCUUGCUAAUCAGCCAAAGUUGUCGGUAGCGCCCACCGAGGCAGAGACCCAGAACGACUCGGAGCCCGUGCAGCCUGUCCCACCAGCUGCCGACGAUCCGGUGCAGGAUGUGCCCGAUGUCGACGAUUUCUCCAACGACCUCCCUACAGACGAUCCACUCUUCUCUCAGUUCGCCGAUGUCUUCUCGAAAUUCCAGGAGCCGGAUAAGGAGGAUCCUGCGCUGAAGGAGCCGGAGAAGCCCGAGGUCUUCUAUGAUGACGACGAUAACAUUCAAGGUGAGGAUGAAGAAGAAGAGACGCAGCAGAAGUUGUCGAAAAAAGCACGCAAAGCAGCAACUAAGUUGAGCAUCGCCGAGUUGAAGGCGAUUGUGCGAAGGCCAGAGCUGGUGGAGUGGACGGACACAUCGGCGCAAGAUCCCAAAUUGCUUGUGGACAUCAGGAGCGAGCCGAAUGUCGUUCCUGUGCCAACACACUGGAAUUUGAAGAGGGAGUAUCUCAGCAGCAAGAGGGGUAUCGAGAAGCCGGGUUUCGCGCUUCCAAAAUUCAUUGCUGAGACUGGUAUUUCGGAUAUGCGAGAUGCAGUCCUGGAGAAGCAAGCAGAGGCAAGUUUGAAGCAGCGACAGCGCGAGCGGGUGCAGGGCAAAACAGGCAAGUUGGACAUCGACUAUCAGAAGCUCUACGAGGCCUUCUUCCGACGCCAGACGAAACCGUCACUCACGCGGUAUGGCGAGGUGUACUACGAAGGUAAAGAGUUCGAGACCAACUUGAGACAUCUGCGACCCGGUGAGUUGAGCGAGGAAUUAAAAGAAGCGCUUAACAUGCCCCCAGGUGCACCACCACCAUGGCUCAUUACGCAGCAAAAGAUCGGCGCACCGCCAUCGUAUCCAGCACUUAAGAUUGCAGGACUCAACGCACCUCCUCCACCUGGUGCGCAGUGGGGUUUCCAUCCUGGCGGGUACGGAAAGCCUCCUGUGGAUGAUCAGAACCGACCGCUCUUCGGUGGAGACGUGUUCGGAUUGUCAGAUGCGAAGGACGCCGAAGAUGACAACAACGCAAUAGCAGCACCGGUUGACAAGAGGCUCUGGGCUGAGCUCCAGCCGCCGCAGGAUGACGAGGAAGAGGAGGACGAGGACGAGGACGAGGACGAGGAAGAAGAUGAAGACGAGGAUGGAGACGAUGGCGGCAGACGAACGGGCAUGGAGACUGCUUAUCCUGGCACUGAGACCCCGGGUGGCAUCACGAGCACCGUCCCCACUGACUUCAUGGGCACGCGCUCCAACGAACCAACUCUACGCAAGCCGCGAUUUGGAACGGAAACGGAGGCGAGCAAUCAUCCACGGUCUGCUGGACAAGUGAUCAAUGAACGCUCCAUCCGAAACGAAGGCUUCUUCGGUGGAGAGCGUGCUUACGAUCUUUCUGGAUCCUCCAAUCUGCCUACGCUCGGCCAGGAAGACCGCAGAAGGAAGCGAAAGGCCGGGGAUUUGGACGUCUCGAUGGACCCAGAUGCGCUGGCGAGAGAUGAUAAGAUGUCAAAAGAUGAGUUGAAGAAGAGAUACGAGGCAGAGAGUGCUCGUCAGAACACGCGUGGAUGGCAGGGUGGCGUGGAUUCGCAGGACAUGAGUGAUUUGGUGGCUGCUGAGAGCGCGAAGAGGCAGAAGAGGGAGCAAGAGCGGGCCAAAGGAGGUCGUGGAGGCAGGAGAUAG